CUCGUGGCAGUUCCUGUUACUCUUAUUUGUAACCUGUUUCGAGUUUAUAAAUAUAGCUUGCUUCUUUGGGAUAAUAAUAACAAAGUAGUUUUAACUCUGUCUUGGAAGCGAUUCAACCAGCAGUAUGUUGAAUGUUGCCCUAUUUAGAGUGUAUAAAUGUUUUAACAAAUGUUUCAAUAAAGUGUACUGAUCUGUUUGGUUUAAAACAGGAGGAUGAUGUACUGUAAAAGUGAUUGCACACCAUCCAGCAAGAUUUUUGUCAUAAGAUUUUGCAGAUCUUACUUAAACUAAAAAUUAAAACAGAAACAUUAUAGAACAUGGAAGAGGAUCAGUACUACACCUCUAUCUGCAGUGCUGCUACACUACAAUCUGACAAAAAGGGUUUCUUCCAGAGCUAUGCAGAUAAUGUUUUGGAACUUGCGGGGUCACAGUGGCUCAAUGAGUUCAGGCAACUAACUUCGGACAGUGAGCGCCUACUCAAAUGCUACAACGAUGAAAGGCUUUAUGAAGUGGUUCAUGGGGUGCUACACAAUGUACAAGAGAUGUUCCGUGGUAAGGCAGCGCAGUUGUCACAGUUACGUCGAGUGGAUGGAGACAAAGCUGCGAGAGGCGGCAAGUACGAGCGAGCUCUGCUUUUAUUCACUCAGAGCAUUAUUAGAGCUCCAGGACCUGGUGUGGACAAAUCUGUGGAUGGAGGACUCAGCCUUUCCCUUGCUCUUUGGUCCAGGGCAAGCACCUUAUGGCACCUCUCAGAGUAUCAGUUGUGCCUUUCUGACUUGCAGUCCAGCCUCAAGCAGAAACUUCCAGACAAGUUCAGAGUGGAGGCUUACUGGAUGAUGGCCCAGUGCUAUGAGAGGCUGAAAGAGACAGCCAGAGCCAGAGUGACACUGCAGGUUAUCCUCAAGAUGCUCAGCCCUGAAGACACAGAGUGGAGAGAUAAGGUCACCGCUGAACUGAAAAAUCUUGCCAAUGUACAGAACCCUGAACCGGCUAACAAAGAAAACAAAGAGGGACUGUUAGACGGAGAGCAUCCCCAGUUGCCCGGGUUGUCAGCAGCGUUGUCUGUGAGAUCGGGUGAGAAGACUGGCCGCUAUGUGGUUGCUCGCCAGCGUGUCAGCAGUGGAGAUGUAUUAGCUGCGGAGACUCCAUAUGUGGCUUGCCUCCUGCCUGCCAAGUUUGGCUCUCAUUGCCACCACUGUUUCAUGAGGUUACGCUCAGCUGUGCCUUGUAUGGAAUGUGCGGGGCUGGCAUUCUGUAGCCCAGCAUGCAGGGAUGCUGCGCUCAGCUACCACCGCUACGAGUGCCGUUAUGUGGACUUAUUGAUCGGCUCGGGCAUGAGUAUCCUGUGUCACAUUGCCCUGCGGACCAUCACUCAGCAGGAAUACAGCUACUGGCAACGAGUCCGAGAGAAACAGCCUGUCUCUCCAGACUACACCAGGCUGGCUAACCUAGUGACGCACGCAAACAAGCGACAGCCCAAGGACUUUGUGAGCCGAACAUUGAUGGCUCUCUUCCUUCUGCGAAUAUUGGAGCAUUCCCACUACAUCCCACCAACCGACUGUGAUGAAGAUGACAACCUAACAGGAAUGCGGCUGUUUCUUGGUUGCGUCCUCCUACAUUUGUUACAAUGUUUGCAGUUCAAUGCUCAUGAGAUCUACGAGACAAUGUAUAAAAAGGAUAUGGACUUUGAGUCCUCCAAGAUAAAUUAUACAGCAGUUGGGGUUUAUCCUUCGGUCGCUCUCUUUAACCAUGACUGCUGCCCUCCCAUCACAAGAUAUUUCCGAGGCAAAGAACUGGUGCUGCGAGCAGUUCGUCCCUUGGCCCCGGGAGAUGCAGUGUCUGAGAACUACGGUCCUGUGUUCACAAUGCGUACACUGUCGGAGCGACAACGCAGCCUAGCCAGCCGCUACUGGUUCACCUGUGAGUGUGCUGCCUGCCAGGAGGAUUGGCCUAAACUGACAGCCUUGGACACAGACAUUGUCCACCUUAGAUGCAAGAUGAAAGAUUGUGAUGGAUUCAUUACAACAUCUAUAGAGCCAAGAAAACCCAAAGCCAAGUGUCCUAAGUGUGGGGUGAAUUUAAACCUAGCAGAAGCAGCCUUACUGGUAAAAUCCUAUCAUAAUGAUUACGAGCGAGGGUUGGCAGCCAUGGGCGAAGGUCAGCUGACAGAGGCUGCACAAGUGUUCUCAGCAUACUCUGAUGUCAUGCACGUUGUUUGUAGACCUCCGAUCAAGAAUGUCAGCCUCGCUCAAGAGGCCUUGCGUUCUUGUUGGGCUUACAAUUACAAUAAACAUGUUUUAAACUGAUACUGCUUCCAUUAUU